AUGCUCCUUGAGAGGACAUUUGGCUCCAAUAAAAAAGUGAUUGAUGAGGUUCUACCAACUAAUCGCCUUUUAAAGAUCCCGAUGUACUUGUCAUGCCUAGUGGGAAUAUGGCCAAUUAUAUUAGUGGAAAAUCCUCAUCUUCGUAGACUAUAUGAUAUAUUUGCCGCCAUUUUGUAUUACUACUAUUUAGAGUAUAUUUUCAGAGCUUAUUACCAAAUAACGGUACUCUUAAGGGCGGAUAAUUUAAAUGUAGAAGAAAUAUUAGGAAAUGUUUGUAUAACUUUGAUUUAUACUGUGUCAAUGUUUCGACUCAAAGCUUUCAGUUCAGAUGAAGUUAAGGCUUUAUUCAACACAGUGAUUGAAACAGAAAAUGAUAUAUCGAAAAAUCCAGACGAUAAGAUCAGGAAACUCUAUGAUUUGUUUGUUAAAAGCACUACCAUUUAUAACAUAUUAUUUUGCUUUAAUGGAUGGGUGGUGUCGUUUUUGUAUUUCAUACAUCCAUUUUUAAUUGAAUUGCCGGAGGUUACUGUAAAUAAUAAGACAAUCACGUUGAGAGUAUUGCCACUAUCCACUUGGUGGCCAUUUGAUAUUCAGGAACAUUAUUGGUUCGCUUACUGUUGGAAUAUCUUUGAUGGUACUUUAGGAAGCUCCAUAGUCAUUAACUCGGAUAUGCUAACGUUUAGUUUAAUAGUUUUUGCUCUAAGUCAAUUACACAUUUUAGAUUAUAAAGUUGAACAAUUUGGAAAAAAUAUUAGUAAAAAUCUAAGUGAAAAAGAAAAAGAACUGAUUGAAAGAAAUGAGUUUAUCGAAUUAGUAAAGGAACAUCAAAAAUUAAUAAGUUACGUGGAUACCUUCAAUAAAUCUAUGAAAUACGUUAUGCUAUUCGACUUCCUGCAAUGUUCUGUUCAAAUGGCGACGAUCACUUUGCAACUUUUGGUGAUGGAGAUUAACGUGCAAAAUAUUAUUUUUGUUGGAGAAUUUCUUCUUACUAUGCUUAUAAGACUUGUGAUUUACUAUUUUAAUGCUAACGAGAUAAUUUAUCAGAGUCAAAAAUUAGCUAUAACGGCUUGGAAAGCAAAUUGGUGUGACUCUAGCAAAGACGUUAAACAUAUGUUUAUGUUUUUUAUUGCGCGAUGUCAAAGACCAAUAAGACUUCAAAUUGGACCUUUUGCAAUAAUGUCCUUGGAAACAUUUAUCACGAUUCUUAAGGCAACGUAUUCAUAUAUGAUGCUUUUUAUUAAUACCAGUGAUGAAUGA